AUGUCGUUGAUAUGGCAAAGAAAGUGUAACGGACCCAACACAGUGCCCUGUGGAGGGCGAGGGAAAGAUGGCGCCCCCAUCAUUAUUUUCCCAGAGUACUCGAGCUUCAGUGAGGUGCCGGAGGAAGACUUCCUCAAUGUCGUUACCUACCUGACCAGCAUACCCAGCCUGGAUGCUGCCAGUAUCGGCUUCAUCAUCGUCAUGGACCGGCGGAAGGACAAAUGGAGCUCAGUAAAGGCCUCUCUGUCCAGGAUCGCUGUGGCGUUUCCUGGAAACCUGCAGCUGGUGUUGGUGCUGAGGCCAUCCAGGUUCUUUCAGAGGGCCAUAUCAGAUAUUGGGUUCAAGAUGCACAAAGACGACUUUAAAAUGAAGAUCGUGAUGCUGAACUCAUUGUCAGACCUGCACAGCUAUGUGGAUAAGGGCCAGCUGACGCGGGAGCUGGGAGGAUCUCUGGAAUACUGUCACAGUCAGUGGAUACACCACCGCACUGCCGUCGAGAACUUUGCCAUGACAGUGAAAACCACAGCCCAGAUGUUGCAGAGGUUCGGGUCAGCUCUGGCAGAGACGGAGCUGCCCAAUGACGUCCUGUGCACCAAAGACCUGCUCACAGCACACACAGACAAACACACCAACCUCAAGGAUGAACUGAAGUUAGCUUUGAAGCAGGGCACCACCUUGUUAGGGUGUAUCAAGGAGCAGGCGGCCAAGUCAGAGAACCACCAACUGAACCCAGACGAGGUGGAGAACCAAACCACUGUGGAAAGACUCCUAGCCCAGCUGGAUGAGACGGAGAACGCCUUUGAACAGUUCUGGUGUAAACACCAUCUGAAACUGGAGCAGUGCCUGCAGCUCCGCCACUUUGAACAGGACUUCAGAGAGGUUAAAGUGUCUCUAGACAGUUUGAUGGACAGUCUAACCGGCCUAUCAGAUAUUGGGGAUUGCGUGGCCAGAGUUGAAUAUCUGCUCAAAGAACUGAAGACGCUAGAGGAGAAGGCUCUGCCCACACUAGAGAAGGCCCAGCUCCACGCACUGCACGGAGACCAGCUGAUCCAGAGCGACCACUACGCUGUGGACUCUAUCCGACCCAAAUGCGUGGAGCUCCGGCGGGUCUCUGACGACUUCAGCAACGAUUCCAAUAAAAAGACAGAUGUCCUGUCCAAAUCCCUGCAGAUACACAUAGGCAUUGAUAAGGUUAACCAGUGGUGUGAGUCUGGCAUCUACCUGCUGGCCUCCCAGGCUGUUGAUAGGUGUCAGUCACAGGAAGGGGCGGAGUCAGCACUGACGGACAUAGAACGCUUUCUGGAGUCUGCGGAAAACACUGAACUGACUGAACUGAGGAACCUUCACAAUCAGUAUGAGGUCGUCCUGUCUGAGGAUAUCAAGGCCAACGUCCUGAAGGCCUUGAAGCGCCUGGAGGACGUGCAGGAGAUGUUCCAGAAGCGGCACGUCAGUCUGAAGAGGCUGUCGGCCAAACAGACACGGCCCGUCCAGCCCGUCGCCCCACGGCCCGAGUCCUCUCCCAAACGGCCGCCUCUGAAGACCCCCCCAAGGACCACAGGGGUCCAGCAGCCACUGGCUCGCAGAGCGUCUGAUAACACCAACAGUGGCAAGCCGCCAGUCGAAGCUGACCCCAAGAAGAAGAACAUACGCAAAGCCAAAGGAGGCAUCAAGAUUGAGGUGAUGCACGAGGAAAGCCAAGGAGGCUCCACCCACGUUGUUGUGACCAGUGAGACGGCGGAGAGUCUAUCCAACAGACGCAGGCUCUGUGUCCCAUAA